AUUCAUAUGUUGUAUUUUUAAAUAAAGAAUUUUUUCAGAUUGUAUAUUAUAGAUUGUAUUAUAUUUUAAAAAAAAAAAAAAAAAAUUUAUAAAAAAAAAUUAAAUAAAAAAUAAAAAAAUAAUCAAAUAAAUCAAAUAAAUCAAUAAAUAUGGAUAAUACAGAACAUAGACCAAUUGUAACCAGUGAUGAAGCGUAUGCAAUUAUUAGAGCUAUAUUAUGUCUUUACUCUCCAAAUAAAUCACCAGAAAUGCAAUGUAAUACUAAUGAAAAAAAAAUGGGACCAAUUAUAAAAAAGGCAUUUGGAUUAUCGAAUGAACAAUAUAACGAAAUCAGUGAAAAAAUAUUAGAAUAUUCAUCAGAAGAGGUUACAGCAUCAGAACUAAGACUUAGAUAUGAAUGGAGAGAUAAUCAUCCAAUUUAUAAAUCAAAAGCAUUCAAAGACCCACAAGGAAUUGAAAAAUGGCAAAAAAAAGAAUUACAGGAUAUCAAAAUGCUUUUAAGAGACCCAUCAGAUUUGGAUUUAAAUUCAAAACUACAAAAAAAGAAUGGUGCCAAUCAUAACAAUAACAAUAAUAAUAGUAAUAAUAGUGAAAAAUUAAAACCAUCCAUUCAAGAAAUAUUUGGUUGUACUUUAAAAAAACAUACUCUAGACAAAUCAAAUAGUGGCAAAGAUAAUAUACAUACUGGAUACAAGAUUUUAGUGAAUGCCUUCAUUCAAUAUAGCUCUCAAGAAGUUUAUAGAGAAGAUAGAUAUCAACCGCUCAAAGCCUCUUUACUUAAAAAGGAUUUAUUUAAUUUAGGUUUACUACCUGAAUUCUCUUGGGUAUUAAAUGAAUAUUCGAUUUUAUAUGGUAUAAGAGAUUUCUAUCGUUAUUUAGUAAUUUUUGAAGUUUUAACCACCAGAUUUGACGAUAACUUGGAUCAAUUAACUUUAUUAUUGGAUUGUCUUCAAAAACUACAAGAAAUAAAAAAGAAUGGUGAUUGUGAAAAUAAUUUUAUUACUCAAGAUGAAGAUAGUCUGUUCAAUCAAAUCUCAUCACAUUUAUUUAAUAACUUAGUGGCAAGAAUUGGGAACUAUAGGUUAUGUUUUUCACCAAACUCAAAAGAGAAACUACCACCACCAUUAACAAGAGAAUAUGAACGUGUUAUUAAAUCACAACCAAUCACACAUGCUUUAAAUUUAAUGAAAAUAAUUAUCACAGAAGUAUUCCCAGAUAUUGUAUAUCACCAAGUCGUAAUAAAAGCAAUCACAGAAUCCAACGAAAAAGAAUUUAUUAGAUUAUUGGAACAUUUCGAAUCAAAUUUAACAACUAAAAAUAUUGUGAAUGUAAAUGAUUAUAAUAAAAUUAACCUUUUGUCAAAAGUUAUUGACUUUAUCAUUACAAAAUGGUUUGAUUUAGAAAUGUAUUAUUUUAAUGCAGCAUUUACACCAGUUUUAAAAGAGUCAAAGGAAAAGAGUCAAAGUAGUAAGAACCCAGAAAAACUUCAUUUAGAAUUAGUGUUUGAUACUUUCUCAAAUUUUAUAAAUAAAUCAGUAAACGAUAUCUAUCACAUAUUUUCAAAAGCAGAACACACCGUCAUAGUAAGCAAUAGUAAAUUAGAACCAUCACCAUGGAUUACCUGUCUCUUUACAGAAUUAGUACCACUCUUAAUAAAAUAUAAUGAUAUAGUGUAUGGUGUAUUUAAAAAAAGACCAAUUCCGCUAGAAGGUGACAUCUCUUUUCUUACCGGUCAAUUCAUAUUAAAUAGGGUUACAAUUUUAAAUAACAACAUUAAAAAUCUAAUUAAAAAACAACAAUGGCGUGCAAACGGAAAAGGAUUAUUCCAUACAUCAUCACCAAUUGAUUUGUUUGAAUUUAUUAACCAAUGCUACAACCAUAUUCAACAAUUAGAAGUUAAAUUAUCAAUUCCAUCGAAUCCAAUGACAAGGUCUUUUGGUUUAAAUUUAGGUGAUACAUUUAUAUUUUAUGUUAAAGGUAUUAGAAACAAAAUUUUAGAAGAUAUUCCAAAUGAUCAAUCAAAAUUAGUAUGCUCUAUAAUUGAUAGAUCAAUUUCAAACAAAAUCACAUCAAAACAACUAUUUUUGCAGUUUGUAGAGGAAGUUAAAUUACCAAAAAUAAAUAAUAAUAUAACAGAAACUAUGUGUUAUCAAAUUAACGAUAUUGAACAUAGCCGUAUCUUGCUCUCUGAUUUCGAUCAACAAUAUGAUGGUAUUUUCAAGGACUCUUUAAACGAAAUGUAUAUUACUUUAAAAGACCACUGGAACUGUUUAUUAACAUAUUAUGUAUUCAAGUUAAAUUGCUAUAUUAAACCCAUUAUUCAAAGCAUUUCUUUAUCUUUAAAUGAAAACUCAACAAUAAUUUCAACAAAAGAAUUAACGCAGUUUAUUGAAAAUAAUUUAGCAAUGUCAAAUCAAAAGCUUCAAGGUAAUUUAUUCCCAGUUUUUCUAAAGAGAUUAUUUGAUGCAAUAGUUUUAGACAUGAUUGAAAUUAUAUUACCACUCAAAAGGAAUUAUAUUAAAGCCAUCAAUGCAAGAGCACUAAGCAAUUUUAAAGGUUUAAUGAUAGAGCUUACCAAAGUAUUUCAUGGAGAGGGUGAUAAAACAAGCAGUUACUUUGACCUAACCUUAAUAGAAUACAAUAAAAUUAAAACUAUUAUGGAACUUUUUAGCUUUAGUGAUGAACAAUUGGUUGAAUUCCACGAGAAUUUAAAUAAAGCACACUCAACUCCAAAUGCUGACUCUAAAAACAAUGACAACUAUCAAAACCAUAAUAACGUUUUAAAAGAAUGUGCAACAAUUAUGUCCUAUCAAAGAAAUGAAAGUAAAUUAAUCGAAAAAUAUUUAACAAAACUAAAAUUAGAUUAAAAAAUAAAUAAAUAAAUAAAUAAAUAAAUAUUUUUUAAACUUUAUUUUCUAUAAAUU